CACCAUUGAAUUUUAUAAUUAUUGACAUAAUUAAUGCUAUUGUCGCGGUUACUCGGAAAACGGUACCAAGGUGCACUUAUUGUACAAUAGUGUUAGUACAUAAUCACAUUAAUUAAAUGGUGUACUUGGACUCUAUCUGGUUUUAGAUUCAAUUCCCGAUAUUAUAUUACAAAUGUGUUUUUCCGUUGGAUUUAAUAUGAGUUGUUCGGGAUUGGAAUAUACCUAAAAUGGCGAUGAAUACUCCUUAAUAUAUCAUACCACCAGCAUUGUGUAAAGUUCUCGGGAAGAGCUUACUAUAGAAAUGAUCCUGUGAAGUUAAGGUCUAUAUAUCUCAAGUUCCUUUCUCUUCUUCAGGUGUGGAUCUGCGUGGCUUGCAUGGCGGCGUGUAUGGGCGCGCCAGCACCAAGCUCCGAACCCUUGUACCUGGACAUCAUUGACAUGGCAGCCAUCAGUCGGAUGUCGCCGCAACAGCUAGAAGCAUUGGCAGAGGGACUUGCAGCUGAGGAGAUCAUGAGAACCAAGCGGUCAUCAGCCCAAGCGCUGACGUCAGUGGUGUCAAAAGCAUCUUCAGGGCUGCAGAGUAAAGUUGGACUGUUGGGUCAAGCCUCAGCGUUCAUCGCGUCAGCAUCAAGCAAGACUGGUGGUGGCGGUGAACACACUGGAUACUCUUAUGAACCACAAGGCGAAAAGUACGACUACUGGGGUUUGAAAAAGUCCAUCCUUUACACGCUGUUCCAAGCUGUUAAAGCCAUAACUGGAGGGGUGACGAUCCUCAAAGGACAGCUGAUCAAAGGCGGUGGGGCUCUCGCGAGCACCUUGGGUAAAGUGAUUGCUGUUAAGGGAGAUGCUGUCAGCAAUCUGGGCAAGAAGAUUGUCAGCUCAGCCGCCCUUAGUGAGAAGAAGCCUGUGGCAACCGCAGUGUACGGUCCCCCACCGACUUCCCACUUAGAAUACGGACCCCCCAGCGCAUACGGAGCUCCAACAGCCCCCGCGCACUACUCUCACACCGCCCCUGCUGCUCCCACGGGAUUCGCCGCGCAUAAAUACCCAUCACAGUUAGACG